ACUCCUGACUGGCUAUACGAAGAAUUGACCUGAAAUGGAUAGGGAUAGUUCUCUACAUUUUUUUUACCAAUCUCAGGAAAAAUCUUUCAGACUUUGAGUUAUACUGAGUUACAGUAAAUUACCGUCUUGGUUGUUUGAAGCGGGCGUUAGGAAUUGUAGGUCACGCCUACAACAUGAUUCGUAGUGUCAUUCGUGGUCGUGCAAGUUCACGAUUAUUCAGCGUAUUUGCUAGUAGUCGGGAGUAUACUACACGAACACCAGUGAAUACAGGAAUAUUGUUUGUCCCUGAGAAAGAGGCAUGGGUUGUUGAAAGACUGGGGAAAUUCUACAAAACUCUGAAGCCGGGGCUCAAUUUUUGUAUUCCUAUAGUGGAUCGCAUUGCUUAUGUGCAGUCACUGAAGGAAGUUGCCAUAGAGAUUCCAGACCAGUCAGCAAUAACAUCAGAUAACGUUGUUCUCCAGUUGAAUGGUGUUCUAUUUCUGAAGGUGAAGGAUCCCUACUUAGCAUCUUAUGGUGUGUCGGAGGCUGAAUUCGCAAUUACCCAGUUAGCACAAACAAUAAUGCGAUCAGAAAUUGGUAAAAUUAUUCUGGACAAUGUCUUCAGAGAACGAGAAGCAUUAAACAUGCAAAUUGUACAAGCUUUAGGCAAAGCAUCUGAACCAUGGGGGAUUGAAUGUUUACGUUAUGAAAUUCGUGAUGUUCAAGUACCACAGAAGAUUAAAGAAGCUAUGCAAAUGCAAGUUGAAGCUGAAAGAAAGAAACGUGCAUCUAUUUUGGAAUCAGAAGGUCAACGUGAAUCUGCUAUCAAUCGUGCUGAAGGUCUUAAACGUAGUCAGGUAUUAGAGUCAGAAGGUCGUCGAAUAGAGAUUGUAAAUAGAGCUGAAGGUGAAGCUGAGGCUAUGCAACGUCUUGCUGAAGCUCGAGCUAUAUCUAUUCAAACUGUCGCGUGUGCUAUUGCUGGCAAGCGUGGAGCGGAUGCUGUACAACUUGCCGUAGCUGAACAGUAUAUAAAUGCUUUCAAUUCCUUGGCUAAAACAACCAAUACAGUGUUAUUACCAUCAAAUAGUGGUGAUGUUGCAUCUAUGGUUACACAAGCGUUAUCAAUAUUCAAGAGUUUAGACAAAUCAGGAUCACCAGGAUCUACCAGUGAUGGCCAUGAUGAUGAUGGUGGUGGAGAUAACAACAAGCCGCCCACACCAAAAACUGACAACACUUGUGAUAUGGAAUCACAGGGUGGUACACGACCUAUUACUUGUCGAUUUCCAUCAAGGAAUAGAUCAAACAAACCGUCAACUCAUUCAGAGACUGAUGUCAAUACUGCUACCGGUGCUUCUGCUUCUGCUGCUGCUACUGCUUUAGCUGGUGAUUAUAGUGUCGGGAAUGAUCAUAGUCGACAAGCAGACGACUAUGAAGAAGUACAUACCAGUAGAAAAUAUAUCAAUAGGAAUUAAAACAAGCAUAAUCCCAAUAAUAAUGACCAAUAAUAAUCACACUAUUUGAUCCUUAUUGUUUUUGCAGUUGAUGAUUGAAAAGAAAGAUGACUGUUCUGUAAAGUCGGUGGUGUUAAAUGAUAUUUCAGUUGUGUAAUAUAAAAAUUCCUGUUACUUAUACAUACAUGCACAUAUAUACCUGCAUAUAUUCCUGUUUUUAGUUCCUCUUAUGUAAUCCCUGUGUGCGUGUAUGUGCGGAAACGAUGCAACCGAGAUUGUGUCAUCUGUGUAUAUCAUCUCUUCUUAAAGAGUAUGUGAUGAAAUACAAUUUAUUUAUUUAUUUUC